AUGGCCCGUGAGCUUGACGCGGCUGAAGUCGCCCGCCACAACACGCCCGAGAGCUGCUGGGUCAUUCUCUACGGCAAGGUCUACGAUGUCACCUCCUUCCUGACCUCCCACCCGGGCGGCUCCAAGAUCAUCCUGGCCCUCGCCGGCCAGGACGCCACCGAGGACUACGACCCCGUGCACCCGCCCGGCACCCUCGAGGAGAACCUCAGCCCCGACGCCGUCCUCGGCACCGUGUCCGCCGAGAGUCUGGCAAAGCUGCAGGCCGCUUCGCAACCUCCGUCGUCACAGCCCUCGCCACCGGCGCCCGCGGCAGCAAAAAGCGAACCGGAACCCCUGCUCCCCGUCCAGGCCCUCCUCAACCUCGACGACAUUGAAAAGGAAGCCACCAAGCGCAUCUCCGCGCGCGCCUGGGCCUACUACUACUCCGCCUCCGACGACCAGAUCAGCAAGGUGCGCAACAGCGACGUCUACCGGGAUAUCAGCAUGCGCCAGCGCGUCCUCGUCGACGUAAAGUCCAACGACCAGUCCACGUCCUUCCUCGGACACAAGGUCGACACGCCCGUCUUCGUCGCCCCCGCGGCCAUGGCCCGUCUCGCGCACCCAGACGGCGAGCAGGCCAUUGCGCGCGCCGCCCACCACUUUGGCGCCAUGAUGAUUGUCUCCAACAACGCCUCCAUGACGCCAGAGCAAAUCGUCGCCGACGCGCCGCCGGGCCAGCUGUUUGGCUGGCAGAUUUACGUGCAGGACGGCCGGGCCAAGAGCGCCGCGAUGCUCCGACGCAUCAACGCCAUGCCGGAGCACUACAAGUUCAUCUGCCUGACGCUCGACGCGCCGACCCCGGGCAAGCGCGAGCUCGACGAGCGCGGCAACCUCGACAAGACGGUGCGCGUCGAAGCCGCCGGCAACCCGGACAUGGAGAAGCGGCCCGGCGGCGGCGGCGUCGGCCAGCAGCUCUUCUUCGGCACCGCCGCGGACCUGACGUGGGAGACGACGCUGCCGUGGCUGGCCGAGCACACGGACCUGCCCAUUGUGCUCAAGGGCGUGCAGACGCACGAGGAUGCCUACCUCGCGAUGCGGCACCACCCCCAGGUCAAGGCCAUCAUCCUGUCGAAUCAUGGAGGACGCGCGUGCGACACGGCGCCUCCUCCGAUACAUACGCUGCUCGAGAUUCGCAAGUACUGCCCCGAGGUUCUCAGCAGGCUCGAGGUCUGGAUCGACGGCGGCAUCCGGCGCGGCACCGACGUCGUCAAGGCCCUGUGCCUGGGUGCUCGUGGCGUGGGUGUUGGCCGCGGGCCGCUGUAUGGCCUGGGCGCCGGCGGCCAAGCUGGCGUGGAACGCAUGUUUGAGAUCCUGCAAGCCGAGAUUGCAACUGCAAUGCGCUUAAUAGGUGCCAGCACCAUUUCUGACCUUCGCCCAAGCUGUCUCAAUACGCGACGUGUAGAGAGGGACAUAUAUGACGGGGAGCCUGGACUAGACCGCCAAGGGCUGUGGACAAAGUCAAAACUGUAA